AUGGAUGUAUCUCCCACGCCCUCACCAGUCGCAACCCCGAGGAAUGGAGCAUCUCCCCUUUCUCACAAUCAGACGCUAGAUCACGAGGUUUCGUUCCAUCGCUACUUUUCCAUGGGAGCGCAUGGCCUCGCUAGAAGUUUUUCCAACAUGUCAAAAUGGCAAGAGUCCUUCGUCUCCAUGUGGCUCGCUUCACUGAUCCUGCACGUCCAUCCUAAGAAGCAGCAUUGGUUGAUAAUGCAAGAUAUCAACGGGAGAAGAGCCAUGCUCAUGCAAAAGCAAAGAGACACUUUGUUCAGCAGACCAGUGUUGUUUUCUUCGAAAACUGGAUGUCCAAAUACAGGACAAUGCGAGCUGCAGACCAUCUACGGAGCUUGGAAGGAUCAGUGCUUGUUCACGCGUCACUUGGCGUUGGCGUAUGAUCGCGUGGAGGUGAAAGCGAAGGAUUCCAGCAUGAGAGGCGCCAUGAAGGACUGGAUGAGAUUUGUCGAGAUGCAGGAGAUGAAGAGAAAGACCAUCACAAGAAUCGUGCAAAGGGGGCAGGAACGACGGGAACUGAAAGUGCUCAACCUCUGGUUUCAAGUGACCGGGUCAUUAGCAAUCCUCAACCAUCUCACAAAGCAAGGAAGAAACCGACAUCUCCAUGCAGUCAAGAGCUGGGGAUUCCAGAGUUGGCAAGCGAUUCGACAGAAAGCUCUCAAGGCCAUCGCUAUGAUGGACCGUUCAAACUCCAAAUGGAAUAGAGAGUUAGUGAGCUAUGUGCUCAGAGAGUGGGCCGAGUCCAUUCGGUCCAAGAAACUUCGCAAGAGCCGAUCGUUGUUUUUGAUUCACAAGCAGAACUUUGCAGUCAAGAAGAAAGCGAUUGUCUUCUGGAGCCAAGAAUCACACGCCAAGAAAAGAUUGAACAUGAUACACAUUAUCAUCCGAUGGAAAGCUGGAAGGACGCUUGUGAAACAGAUCUUCAAGCGAUUAAGAAGCAAUGCUGAUGAAGAAAGAGAGAGAUUUUCAAGGUACAGGAAAAUCGUUGCUAGACAAGUGGUACAGGACCAGAAAUCUGCCUUCAGGAAUUGGCAAUUGCACUACAAUGACCUGAAGUCAAGGGCUUUCCAGCAAUGGUCGCUUACGGCUAAAGUCCUUCACUUUCAAAUCUUGAGCUACAACAGGAUGAUUCAAAGACGCAAUAACGCAAUGGUGAGCCAGGUGUUCGAUGACUGGGUGCAGUCGCACAGUCACAACGUGGUCCGGGCCAACAAGCUAAUGGGCCUGAUGAGCCGGUGGGAUCAGCGAACGUUGUUCCAUGCCUUCCAAGCCUGUGGCGCUUUCACAGGAUGGAGCAAAAAGGUUCGUGAUGUGAUCUCAAUGGGGACUGAACGCAGAAGCAACGAGCGGGGAAGACUCGCUCUCUCCCUGUGGUCGAGCUACAGCUCAAACCAGCGACGCCUCUUCACUCAUGCAAGGCAGCUGGCGGCCAGAGUGACGGCGCGAAAAACCAUCAGACUGUUUGCAGUUUGGCACAAGUUUGCAAGAGAGAGCAAGAAGUUGGAGGUGUCGUUGAGCAGAGCUCAACUGCGACACGAGAAGAGAAUGUUGCUUGCUUGCUUUCAGGUCUGGGUAGAAAUCACUUCAGACACCAGUGUCAAAGCGCUUGCUAUCAGCAGAAAAGAUGCCAAGUACUUGUACCAACUCAGCCAAAGCAUGUUCCAGUAUUGGUGCUUUGUGACCGAAGAGGUCAAAUCAAACCUGAAAAAGAACGCAAAGGCAUAUUCAUACUUCGAACAAAACUCUUACUUCAAGUUCUUUGAAAGAUGGCUGCAAUCGUACCAUUGGUACAUCAAGAUCAAACAUUUGAAACUCCGUGUCCAAUCGUCUCGCAUCUUUCAUGUUACGGACGAUCACUUCUCAGAGUGGCUCAACAUCACGCUCAGGAAAAGGGCACUUGCAAUUCAUCAGUCCGCCGUUGCAAAGAAGAACAAGAAGGCGCUGUUUCAAGACAGCUUUCAGACUUGGUUCGCAGAGAAAUGCAGACUGCGCAAAUGUCGGAAUGGGUUGAUUAACCUCUCUGAGAGGAUGAUGACGAACAGCAAGAAGUUUCACUUCGAUGAAUGGACACUGGACACCUCCAUGAUCGCAAGGCACAGCAGACUGUCUGCCAUCCGCUUUGAGAAGUACUGCGAGGGAAUAGUCUCCGAUGUGUUCGAUGAAUGGAAAGCCGUGAUGAGAUGUAUUGUGGCGCAAUCCAAAGGUGUCGAGAGGAUAAGUGCGAGGUACGCACACAAAGUCCUCCGUGCGUUCCUCGUCAGCUGGACGUUGUUUGUGGACGACAGUUCCUCAGACAAGUCAAAAGUCUCCAAGUGCGACAGGAAGAGGUUGUUCAGGAGCUGCAGGAACGUCCUGAUCGGCUGGAUGGAGCAAGCGCGAUGCCUGCGCGUCAACUGGCAGAAGUGCAUAGCGAUGAGCAACAGGCUGGAACGAAAGCGCCUGAGGUCCAACUUCGUCAUCUGGAGCGAGUAUACCCGGCAGACCAUCGACCAGGUGCAGUCGAUCGAGAAGUUCAUCCUGCGACAGUCCAACGGCAUGUUCAACUUGUACAUGCAAGAAUGGUUCGAUGCUGUCAACACGUGGAAGCAGCUGCGCAGCAAGGUCGCGCUGUAUCAGCGCCGAGCUGACGCAGGGAGGAAGCACAAGGUGCUGCUCCUGUUGUGGAGCCUCGUCGUCGACAGCCGAAAUGUCCGCAAGGUGGAGGAGCGAAGGAAGAGAGGAGCCCUGUCCCUCGCCGCGUCCUCGUGGGGUCAGACGGCAAGGAGCCUCGAGCAUUGUCGCAAGGGGGUAGAGAAGAUGAUUCUGCGCCAUGAGCGACGGCUCUUCCUCUGCUGCUUCGACGGAUGGCGCGACGAGCUGGCCUACCUGAAGAGCGCCUACAGCCGCGCACAGACGGUGCAGACGAGGACGAUGACGACGAGGGCGGGGCAGGCAGUGCGGCAGCUGGUGGACCAUGCGAGGAAACAGAGGCGGCACAGGAGAAUGCUCGUGACCCACUCCCGUCGGUGGUACCUGAUCCGCCUCAAGAACUCGUUCGAGUCCUGGCACCACUGGCACGGCAAGAAGAUGGCAGUUAAGGGCGUGCUUGACCAAGUUGUCGACAUGAUGUAA